AUGAGUAUAGCUGUUUACAUAAAAGCACUAAGUGGCGAGAGUAGUCAAGACCAGAUAAGAUCAAUUUUAUUAGACAUUGGUGGUCAGGAUAUAAAAGAUAUAGAUAGUGAAGAAUUGGUGGAAAAGUUGUUAAAAUUAGCGCGGGAGUCUGACUUACUUAUCUCUUUGAAAGCUUUACAGAUUUUAACAAGAAUCUUUCGCUAUCGGAAUACGGCUAAACCGGAGUACUAUGCAAUUGUGGCUGAAAUGAUUAAAGAGUCUCCGAAUGCUAAGAAGACGGAGCAGGUUCUUAUCUUUAUGCAGCGGUUGGGGAGUUUGGAGUACCAGAAGGAAGCUUUGGCGGUCGAGUUGUUUCGUGAGGAUCCGAUUAGGGCGGAGAUGGCUAGUAAUGAGGAUUUAGUUAGUGCUAUUCUGGCUGUAUGUACUAAGCGGGAGUGUAAGUAUCAGGGGUUGUUAUUGUUAUGGUUGUUGACCUUUUCAGAACGGGCUUUGCGGAAGUUAGAAGUUUCACCUUUAUUCUAUAUGUUAUCUUUUGUAUCGCGGGAUUGUAAGGAGAAGGAAUUAAGGAUAUCUUUAGCUAUUGUACGUAAUUACUUGAGUUAUAGCACGAAGUAUAAUUAUGGGGCCUUUCAGAAGAUAGAGGAACUCUUAUCUGUGGCUUCAAAUCGAGGGAAUAAGAACGAUCCGGAAGAGCAGGAGGACUUGAAUGUAUGUCGGGCUAGAUAUGCGGCCUUAUCUAAGAGUGUGUCUACUUUUGAUUCUUAUUUGGAAGAGUUAGAGAGUGGGCAUUUACAGCCUUACUCUUAUCACUUCAGUGCGGAGUUCUGGAAGAACAAUUUAGAGAAUGUGCGUAGUCGGCGGCUGGAGAUAGUUAAGGCUUUGAAGAGGUACUUGAAAUCUGAAGAUCCUCAGAACAUUUGGAUUGCCUCGAAUGAUAUUUACCGGAUUGUAGAGGCUCAACCGGAAGCGGUUCGGGCGAUCAGGCAAAUGGAUAUCCAUCAGGCCUUGUUUGAAAUUCUAGCUUCGAAAUGCAGUGAGGAUGUUCGGUUUCAUGUUAUGGAAGCACUGAGUGUUUGCUACACGCGUGAGUAG